AGUAAAUGGAACGUCGUUGUUCAUUACGAUCCCAAAACUUACAAUGUGGUGGUAUUGUACUUCUCAUGCAGCCUUUCAAACUCUUUCUCACUUGGUUGUGUUACACAGAUACAGUUCUAGACAUUACAACAACAGAAACUUGUUUGAUGUAAAUACAAAUAUUUGUUUUUCGAGUUUCUUUAGGAGGAGGCAACAUUUCCAUACAGUUUUCAACGAUGUUAUGGUAUCCCCUCUGAAAACUCGUUGUUGUUCGCCUUCUUCACAACAACAAGCUUCAGAAGCAAGAGAAAUAGAACAACCAAGCACAGUUUGGGAGUUGGAUUUUUAUUCAAGACCCGUUUAUGGAAAGGAUAAUAAACGAAUAUGGGAACUCAUCGUUGUGGAUGAAAGCUUUCUUCUUUGUCACGUAGAAAGUGUUCCGAAUGAUAUGAUCAAUUCUGCAGAGUUAAGAAAGAGAGUGGAGAGGCUUUUGGAACAAGUAACGGUGAAACCUAAAGUAGUUAAAUUUUCAAGAAUGCCGAUGUUUAAUAUGAUAUCCUUGGCUUUGAAAGACUUGGGAUUUGAAGUCAAACCGAGUAGGCGUACUUAUCGGUUGUAUCAUGUGCUUAGGGAUCGAGAAGCGAAUAUUUAUUCGAAGAUGCCUGGUUAUCGCUCGGAGAACACGUUAUCCACCAGUUACUUGUAUAGUACUGAACGUCUUCCUGAUGCAUUGAGAGGAGAGAAAUUUGCGUUUUGUACAGCAGAUUAUUCCUUUCUUUAUGAGUUGCAAAGUUCGGACACUAUUCCAUAUUGUGAUAUAUUCAAUACAGGUGAUAGUAUUUUAUUAGAAAAAGAGUUGCCGGGUAUCAUUGUAUAUUCCGAACGUGCCGACUCUCUUGCCAGUUGGACAGCAGGAGCGGAAGUUUCCUUUAUCAAGUUUCGUGAAGAAGAACUUGAGUUGGUUCUUGAAUGUGGCAUCAAUUCGCAUUAUCGUUUGGCCAAAAUAGCCGAAGACCAUCGUCUCGUGGAAGAGGCAAAGACAUUCGAACAGAUGAAAUGGCAUAUGAAAGGCUUUCAUUUUUAUGCUAUUCAAUCGCUUAAGGAGACUUCGGGAACUAGUCAUAUUAAAGGUUUAUGGCUUUUGAACGAUUUUAUGGAACAAUAAAACAUAGGUUACAAAGGAGAAGGAUUUUGAGUCUUAGUAUCUUGCUUCAGUCAUUUAUACUUACUUAUCCAAUAGCUACAAGGCCUUAUCAUAUUGGCUGGAAGAAGGAAAACGAAUGGCUCAGAUUUCUACGUGUAAUUUUGUUGGCGGUCUGUCGCUGUUAAAGGGCGUCUCUUGUCAAUUUUCCACAACUGUGUUUCUGUUGACUAGUAGCCGAAUAUUGUAGAUUAAAACAAAUAUAUUAUUAUUUCUAGUGAAGAGUUGUUGUUCUGAUAAACAGCAACCAGAAGAGAUCAAAAGUGGAACGUUUCACCUCCCUUUUGUAAAACUGUUGGUGUGAAACUUUCGAUGUAUUUAGACUGUUCAACGCAAAAGGUUGAUCACUCUGUAAAGCUUUAGAGAAAAGAUAACUUCGUUUUUUGGUACUUUUGAGAAUCAGUU